AUGUCCGAAUCUGAUGAGGAACUCGUCACUGUGGUAAUCGACAACGGCUCGGGGUCGAUCAAAGCAGGGUUCGCAGGCGACGAUGGACCACGAUCCGAGAGAGAAAUUGUUCGGGAGAUCAAAGAAAAAUUUUGCUACGUCGCUCAGGACUUUGAGAAAGAGAUGCUUGGCUCAUCUGCAAUGACCAAAACCUGUACACUUCCGGAUCUCCACGAUAUCUCUCUUGGCAACGAAAUCUUCCGUGUCCCCGAAAUCCUCUUCAUACCCUCUCUGGCUGAUCUUGAUCACGCCAGCGUUCACCAACUCGUCUACAAUGCCAUCAUGAAAUGCGACAUCGAUCUCCGAUUGAAUCUCUAUUCCAAUAUCUUUCUCGUCGGAGGCUCCAAGAUGAUUCCAGGAUUCCAACUUGAAGAAAGACUCCAAAAAGAACUUUCCGCCUUGUUUCCUCAAAAGGCAAAGGUCAAGGUUAAUGCUUGGCCAGAAAGGAAAUAUUUUGUGUGGAUUGGUGGGUCAAUGAUUGCCUCUUCUUCGAUCUUCCAGCAGAUGUGGUUUACCAAGAAGGAGUAUGACGAACAUGGACCAAGUGUUGUACAUAAAACAUGUACGAAAUAGCGUGUUUACAAGCUGAUAAAAUGUUAGGUGAUCCGACAUAAUUUUGCUCUUGCGGUAUGUAGUCAGACUGUACUUUGUCUGAGAUAUAGGGUUAGAACCAAUGUUGCAAUUGAGUUUGAGAUUAUUUCUAAGGUCAGGGUUAGUGUUAGGGUUAGU